UGCGUCUCGGGAACAAUGUGCAUCUGUUGAUAGUGACUGUGUGUUGUCACGUGACCCAUGUCUGGUCACGUGAUCCGUGAUCGCCAUUCGCGUGACGUGACGAACAACGCACUUGCGUCGUCGGCGCCGGCGACCGCUCCAUGGGCGCAAACCGUCGGCGACAUCCGGUCACGCGCGAGUGUGUCGACGCAACCGCUGCUCGUUUCGACCAACGGAUAUUUCGCGGACGACUUAAGGUGCAACAAGAUGCUCUGCAAACUGUCAUAUGCUACUACAAAUUCGUCGCCGGAGUGCGUUGCCCAGCAACGGCGGUCAUGAAGGACGAUGCCCUCGACAUGCGGCGGGGUCACUGCCACGAACCGAUGCCUCUGGAUGCUGAGAUGGCGCAAGUCGUGGUCCAGCUCCGGCAAGCCGUCCAGCAAGGCGGCGGACUGCGGACAAACAGGCACCUGUUUGACCAGGCGGCAGUCGGAGAGGCCGGGGCGGCAAUUGGCUAUCCGGCGGCGCGGCAGAUUCUAAUGAGGGAGCGGCGCCGCAAUCACCCUGCUACGCCCCAGACCCCGGCACAGGCUGCCCAUGCGAUCGAGGCCGCUGUUCCCGGCAUCCGAAGGAACCUGGCCUUCACCAUCACGACCGACGAUGGCCAGGCUGCGAUCUGCCUGGCCGCUGACGAUGUGGUGGCCAGCGCCGUGGCCCACCCGAACCUGGACAUCCAGGCGGAUGGUACUUUUCGGAUGGUGCCACGACAGUUUCACCAGCUGCUGGUGGUCUUUGUGGCCACAGACGGCGUGAUUCUGCCCGCGUUCUGGGUGCUGGCGUCGUGCCGCACCCGGGACAUGUACGGCCGGAUCCUGGCGGAGAUCGGUCGCCGCCUGCCGGCGCCAGUCCGGUUCAUGUCCGACUGGGAGCGGGCGCUGCAGGCGGCGGCCGCAGCAGUGUGGCCCAACAGCUCGAUCAACGGCUGCUGGUUCCACUACGCCCAAGCCGUCCUCCGUCAGAUCAGGCGACAUGGCCUGCUCGCCACCUACGAGAGGCCUCACUGGGAGUGCCCCUCUGCCCGUUGGGCUCGGAAACUCCUGGUGCUGCCCCUGGUGCCCGCUCGCCACCUCCACACGGCUUGGAAGCUUCUUCUGGACCCCAACGUGCCUGAGGUAGAGCCUGAGCUCGAGCCGCAAGUGACCCGCCUCGAGGCAUACGUGGCGAGGCAGUGGCGCGCCCUGCCGGCCGACCGCCUGUCAGUCCAUGGCCUGGAGCGGCGUACGAACAACGACGCAGAGUCAUUUUUUUGCUGGGCUAGGUGCCAACAUCCCCGCAGCCCACCCCAGCUUCUGGCAGUUCGUAGCCAAGGCCAACAACGUCAUCGCCAGCGCCAACAGGAACGCCAGGGCUGCAGAGCUCGGCGUCCUCCAGCCCCACGUUCGCGCGAGGCGGGAGCUGCGCGCUACGAACGUCCGCCUGCGGAUGCUGGCGGCGCAAGCGGACGCCGGCACCCGGACGGUAGCCAUCUAUCUUGAGGCGGCGAAACAGCUGUUCCGGCAUCGCACAGUAGUGGUGCGAAAUGUCGAACUGCUUGGUGGCGACGAGCAAGCAGAUGGUGAGGGCGCUCCGGACCUGCCCCCGGGAAGACAGGAGGUCGAGGAGGAGCCCUGGCCGUUGCCUGUUGUCGCAGCAGCUGCCAUGGCUGGAGGAGCCUUCCGGG